AUGGUGAAGACUGAACCCCAGAAUUUGCGUCUCUAUGACCUUGAGGGAUGUCUCCCUUCCUACAACGUGAAAUCCACAAUUGUACAAUGUGUUGGCACUGACUAUGUGUUUCUAUAUGGUGGUUUCGAUGAUAUGGAUAUUUUGGAUAGCAAUGUGUACUUAUUGAACUUGAAGACCAAGACCUGGGAGGUGGACGAUAAGCAUGAUGGUUUAUAUAGAGAGGGUCAUCUGGCUGUCUAUAUAAGCAAUGGCAAUAUUUUAGUGUUCGGAGGUGUACCAUACGAUGAGUUUCCAGUACCUUCAGUUACUCGUCAAAGAACUGCUCCUGCAACGUUUCGAAAAGAUAGUUUGAUGAUGAUCUACAACAUAUACGACAGGAAAUGGAUCGGACCUCCACCUUUUGCGCUUGAUAAUGCGCCAUCUUCGAGAUCAAGACAUGCGUGCUGUCUUUCUCCGGACCAUUCAAAGCUAUACGUAAGCGGAGGACUUGUUAAGUCUGCUCCAUUGGAUGAUUUAUAUUGCUAUGACUUGACUUCUGGUUCGUGGCUGGGUCCAAUAAGAUUCGUAUCUCGUUUUGAUCAUUUCAUAACAGUAUAUGGCGAUAAGCUAUAUUCAUUUGGAGGUUUGGAUAAGGACAUGAACCAUGUCAAAGACACAAUUACUUUCUAUUCAUUUAAGAAUCAUACUAUUGGCCAAAUCUCCAUAAUACAAAAACCAGAGUCAUCCACUAUACUAGGGAAGGAGGACGAGCUCAACCUGGAGUUUGAUUCUCAUAGCACAUACAAUCCAAAUGAUUGCGAACGUCUAUACGUCGACUCAGUCAUUAAUCUGUCUAUCAUAUUGGAUAUUUCUCUACCUUCCUGGAGUGCUACAUCUGGUGGGUUGAUCAUAUCUAAUUUCGAUCUUGAUGACUUCGAAACUCAAGAAACAUUUAAUAUUCGUAAUAUUGCCAUGAUCUACAAUAGAGCUAACAAGAUCGACGUCAUGAACUAUUCAUGGAAAGAAACAUUUGUCAAAGAAAAUGGAACCUUGUACUUGUUGGGGACAAACUUCAACAGUACAAAUGUGGUUCCUGAUACAGCGAAUGCAACAGCAGAUUCAAUACCUGGCGAAGAUGGCACCACUGAUGGCAUGGACGAAAUGGAAAACGAAGAAGCAUCGGGCAUAGCUAAGUUAGGUGCUCUUUUUGAGAUGAAAUUGAGUGAUCUCGGAAUACCAUUCCGCAAAAAUAUUAGCCUCGAGAAAAGUCAAAUCCAGAGUAGUAUUCCAUUAUCAAUGGAUUACGAGAGGUUUCUUUUGAGCGAGCAAUUCACUGAUUUCGAGAUUGUAACUUUGGCCGAUGAAGAAGAUAGAGAUAAAUAUCAAGAAUCUUUCUCUAUAACGGAACUGGACCCUUCAAGUAUCAAAAUUGUAAAGGUUCAUAAGGCAAUUCUAUUAUCCAGGUGGCCCCAUUUUCAAAGAUUAAUUGCAAUUGGGAUGGCAGAAACAGUUCUGAAUAAGAUGUUUAUUCCUGAACCACAUCGUUGGGUCAAAGGAUUGCUUUAUUACUUGUACGUUGGAACAAUAAAUGUUGAUUCUUAUGUUCAUGGGCCAUAUACAAUAUUGGAUUACCUAGGUUUGUCAAUGCUUGCAAAUAUGUACGAGCUUCCAGAUUUGAGGACUUUGGCGAUGCACAAAUUGUUCAAACUAUUCGACCAACUUCAACUAUCAUUUGACGCGCAGAACGAUGAGAUGAUUUCAAUAUUGCUUAAGCUCUGGCGGGAAUUAUCCUUUGCAAACGAAAUCGUCCUUCGUGUGAAAGUUAUGGAUAUGAUAAGAAGAUACUGGGCUACUAUUACUCGGUCAAAGCCAUUCUUCUCGUUGUCCAAGGAUGAAAUAGUAAAACUUUGCCAAGAUUCAAGUGAU